AUGUUUCAAUGGUUUGAUGCGAUCGAAGUUACCUUUCGUCAAAGCGGAUGUCCUGAAAAUCUCCGCAUUGUUAACGCCACUGGAGUCUUUCAGUCAAGGGCACUUGAUUGGUGGACCGCCGAACGUAACAGGCGUGGAAAUGAUGCAGCUUAUGGUCUCACAUGGGAGGAGCUCAGGGAGCUCAUGAUGAAGGAAUUUUGUCCUCCCCACGAAGUCAAGAAGCUAGAGAAUGAAUUCUGGAACAUCAAGCAAGAUGGAGGUGAUAACGCGGGUCUCACCGCUCGUUUCAAACAGUUGAGCAUUAUUUGUCCAAGCCAGGGGGACACACCUGAUAAGACUAUCAAGAAAUAUAUUCAAGCUCCUCCUGAUUGUUUAGCUGAUUUUAUCCAAGCUGUGAGACCUGAAAUGAUUGAGGAAACUUAUCAGCUUGCAGCUGAGAUCAACGACAAGCGAGUCUUGGCUGCUCACUGCCGCUCAAGCCCCCGUCGGCAAGCUCCUCCAGCUCCUCCAGCACCGCCAGCUCAACCUCUCGCUCCUCAGGUUAACCCAGCAGCUUCUGCACAGGUUGCUAAUGCACGUGCUUGCUACACGUGCGGUGACCCAAAUCAUUUUGCUAACGUCUGCCCGCACUGUGUUGUGAAGCAAGAACCGCAGCAGCAACCACCACCACAACAGCAACCACAACAGUAG